UGACAAAAGGUUAUCAAGAUGCUCUAAAUUCAAUACAAAACAAACCGUCAAAUUGGGGUUUGUCAGGGAGCCACGUCAGACUUUUUCGUUGAGUCUGACGGUGGCUUUUGGACGGAGGGACUGAUCCGUCCAAUUUUUAAGGACGUUAGGGACUUAAAAGUAUUUUUCAAUGGUCAGGGACGAAAAUGUCCGCGAGAUAAAAGGUUAGGGACCUAUUUGUCUUUUUCUCUAAAAUAUUUUAUGGUUUUCUUAAAUAUUAUUUCUCCAUACAAGUAAUUGUAUCAUUUCACCCUGUUUCCUUCAAUUCAUCCUGUUCUAUUUCAUUUUAUUCCCUUACUUUAUACCGAUUCAAACAUAAUUUAUAUAUGCUUGUAUAUUUAAAUAUACAAUUCCUUUUAAGAAUCUACAGUCACUUGGACACCAUUCUCUCUAUCUUUUGUAUGUUCUACAUAAUUGGAUUAAGCUAUAAACAUUUUUGCAUUUUUCAAGAACUGUGGUGAUAGAAAAGUUUGGUUAUUGCUUUGGCUUACCAAUUCGUUAAUUUAUCUUACUUUUUUUAAAUUUUAGUUAAAAUAAAGUAUAACAUUUAUUGAAACAUACAAAUAUAAUGGAUUUUAUAUUUAAGUAGAAUCCGCUAAUAUGGACUAAAAAAAUAUCAAGAUUAUUCGGCCUCUAGAAAGUAAGGAUGGACCAGUCUUAUAUACUAUACAAAGUUUUUAUACACAAGGACUUUUUCAAAUUAAAAGUAACAACUAUUACUAUCAAUGAAUAAUACCAACAAAUUUUAUAAUGAAACAACAUUUGUCCUGCACGUAGCGCGUGUUUUACACUAGUAUUUUGAAUGCGCAUGUUUAAUUUGGUUUUACACAUUAAUAUUAGGAAAAAGUUCAUAGAAUAAAAACAAAAGGGUGUAGGAGAGAAUAAAAAGCUUCCUUCUAGUGCCAAAUUCACACAUAGCUCAAGAGGGUAGAGGCAUAAAUGGCAAAGAGCAUCUAUGGAAUGUCAAUGGAUGGUGAUGAACCACCACAUAAAGGAGAUAAUAGUAAUAAUAAUAGUAUUGGGUUAAAAAAUUCAUUAUCAUCAUCAUCAGUUAUGAUUCCAAUACCCAUAAUUGAUGUGAGUCUGCUGUCAUCAUCAGAACCUGAGUCUGAGAAGCUUAGAUCUGCUCUCACAUCAGCUGGAUGCUUUCAGGCAAUUGGUCAUGGAAUGUCAACUUCCAAAAUACGCCAAGUUUCAAAGCAAUUUUUCCAACUUCCAGUUUAGGAAAAACAAAAAUAUUCACGACCUGCUAAUGACUCAAAAGGGUAUGAAAAUGACAGAAUAGUUUCAAAGAAGCAAGUCCUUGACUGGUCCUAUCGCUUAAUUCUUCGAGUUUUUCCAGAAAAGAAUAGAAGGCAUUCUCUUUGGCCACAAAAUCCUAUUGAUUUUAGUGAUAUAUUAGAGGAAUUUUCCAUUAAAGUGAAGUCAAGGAUGGAUUAUCUAUUGAGAUGCAUGGGAAGGUCACUGAAUCCGGAAGAGGGUAGUUUCUUGGAUCAGUUUGGAGGACAAUCAUUAUUUGCAGCAAGGUUCCGUUUCUAUCCACGUUGUUCAAGACCCAAUUUGGUACUCAAGCCUCAUACAAAUAGAUCAGUAAUCACAGUUCUAUUGCAAGACAAUGGAGUGGAAGGCCUUCAAGUCUCAGAUGAGAAAUGGGUCAAUAUCCCCACAAUACCUAAUGCUCUUGUUGUCAAUCUUGGUGAUCAUUCAAAUGCAGGUAUAAGCUUAAUCCUUGUUUGCCAAAUUCAUGUCAGUAGAAUGCUUAAUAAUAAAUUGUUAUGCAGAUUAUGAGUAAUGGAAUAUUCAAGAGUCCAAUGCACAGGGUUGUGACAAACAAAAGAAAAGAUGAGGAUGUCAGUGGCCAUGUCCUAUGAACCAGAAGCAGAGAAUGAAAUUGAACCUGUGGAAAGCUUAAUAACUGACACACGUCCAAGGUUGUACAAGAAUGUUAGAAACUAUGGUGAAAUCAACUACAGCUGUUAUCAAGAGGGGAAGAUAUCACUUGAAAUGGUCAAAUAUACAUAACAAUUCUCAUCAGAAUUAAGGCUACAGUUCCUACUUGAAUUCCCUGUGACAAUAGAAAUCUGUUGGAACUUGGAACAAGCUAAAUAAUAUUUCUAUUUAGUAAGUCAAAUUACUCAAAAAAAUGUAUACGAUUAUUCCCUUGUGAUGCCACGACUCAUUUUAUACCCAUAAUUUCCCGGCAAAA